AUGAAUUUCCAUUCUAAUUCUAGUAAUCAUUUAAAUUAUGAACAUCCAUAUGAUUCUAAUUUAUUAAUUCAAAAAUAUACACAAAGUUUUAAUAACACAUUUAAGAGAGAUAUUAAAUUUAUUCAAAUUUUAUUUCCAACUUUUGAUAUUUUUAGUAUUACCUUUUUUUUCUCAUUAUUUUUAAUUUUAAUUUUUUUAUGUUUGGAUGUAUAUUUUUUUAACUCACAGAAACCAUUAUAUAUCAAUGAAGAUAUAUUAAAAAAUAUUGGAAUAAAUAAAUUUUAUAUUUCAAAUGGUUAUCAUUAUUACAAAAUAAUCAGUGCUACAUUUAUUCAUUCAAAUAUAUGGAAUUUAAUAAUAAAUACGUAUUAUUUAAUGAAUAUAGGAAUAAUAAUAGAAAAAAAUUAUGGUAAAUUAAAGUAUAUAAUAUUAAUGUUUUUAUGUGCUAUUUGUGGUAAUUUAUUAACUUGUGCAACUGCAAAAUGCAAUGAUAUACAAAUGGGAAUUAGCCCAAUUUUAUCAGGUUUCAUUGGAGUUUUUUUACAAGAGAUUAUAAUGCAUUAUAAUGAUGUUAAAGACAAAUUAAGUGUUAUAGGAAAUUUUAUAUUUGCAUUUUUAUCAUUAUAUUUAAUGAUAUCAAUAUUUCCUUAUAAUGGAAAUAUAUUUGGAAACACUGGAGGGUUAUUUGUUGGUAUAAGUUACCCCUUUAUAUUUAAAAGCGAUUCUUUUAACAAUACAGAUAAAAAGCUAAAAAUAACAUUUAUUAUUUUAAUUAUUUUAUUAAUAAGUGCUACUUUAAGUAGUAUUAUAAUUUUUAAGUGUUAA